AUGUACAAGGUUUUGGAGCGGAUCAUCCUGGAUCGACUAAUGCGACAUCGCGAAGAAACCACCCGUGACGACAAAGCCGGCUUUCGCCCUGGUCGAUCGACGAUUGAUCAGACUUCGGAGCCAAUUUCGACUGCUGCUGUCCGAACACCAGCUGGAUGUACUACACCGUUCGAAGUGGAAACUGGGAUGAGACAAGGGGCCGUGGAAGAACCCCUUCUGUUCAACUUUGUCGUCGAUGACAUAAUGCGGAGAACAGAUGAGCAGUGUCCCGCCGAUGUCAUUUAA